UUUAAGGGAACUGAUUCCUGCGUUGGGUCUCUCCGCUCCGUUCACUAUGCCUCCAGCCACUACGCUGCGUCCCUUGUUACGAGCACAGCUUACAUCGCGGCCAGCGAACGGACAUUUAGCGUUCAUCCCUCAAAUUCGCAAGCUUGUGUUCGAAUACUGCGACAAAUGGCCAUCGUCCGCUAAUACUCGGACGUUCAUCCGGAACCACUUGGAGAACCUCGCACGCGCAAACCCUCAUGUCGAGAUUGUUGUAAGACAGAGGACUCACAAGGAACCCAUUAUUCGAGGCUUCUACUUGAAUGAUCGCGAGAAAGUCAUUCCGUUGAACGGCUUUGAGGUCACUGGUGUGGCACAAAAAGCCCAGCUUUUGCUAGACAGCUCUGGUGCAAAAAUUAAGCCUCUCAAGAGGAGAACCAUUGAAAGUACAACCGAAGCGGCGAGGGGUAUCUGGUCUGGUCUUCAUGUGGAGGAGCCCUUCAAGAUCUGAGCUGGAGUUGUCGCUGAGCGUUGCAUACCCUGGAUGUACUGUAAUUUACCUGUGCAUAAUAUCUCAUUCAGUGCAUCUCUCACGUUCGCUAUCAAAGUGUUCACUUCGCUCGCCCAUGCGCUUCCGUUAUUCCUCCCGUAUUUCUGUAACAUAAGACCGUACUAAGUGCAGCAAGACG